AUCCAGAAAACAGGCGCGGAAAUGGUGUCAGUUAAAAACGGCGGCGUGUAUGUCAAAAGUUGUAAUCAUACGAUUUUUUAAAGUUAUCAUUGAACUUCGAAGACUUAUUCCGAAUUCUAUACAUUCUGAUAGAAAUGAAGCCUGUUCGUGGUUCUAAUCGGGAAUCCUCAAAAGUUCCCCGUCCAAAAAUCAAGUCGAAAAAGAAGAUUCUUCCAGCAAGCGAUCAUCUGGGUUUGCCACGGGCUGACGGCAAUAAUGGCGAGAUCAAACGCCAGAAAUCUCCAAAGAAGAGAAUAGCUUCUGAAAUUCCACGAAAAGGCAAAGGUUCAAAGAACCUCACGCAGAUCAGGAGCUCCUCCGUCAAUGCAGUGGAGAAUAUGCUCGAUAUAGCAUUAAUGACAACUCUUGCUUUGAGACAGAAAGAUAAGGAGAGCCAGGAACAUCUAAAUACUCUGAAAAACAGGUUCCUAACUUGUUGUGCAAGGCUUCAAGUUCCAGAGCAGAAAUCUGAAGAAUUAAGGGAAUCAUCACAGCGCCACAGGCAGGAGAGCAAAAAGUCUGUGGAUGGAAAGCAAACUCUGAAUUCCCUGGAGGAAAACCUAAGGGCUGUGGUCAGUGCGCUGGAGAACACAGAAGAGCAGGUGUCCUCUCUGCAGCAAGCGUGCAGUUCUCUGCAAGAACGGGUGGAAGAGGAGGAGGAGAAAGCUAAGGAGAUGCUACAGAGAAGCAAGCAAACAGUCCUCCGUCUCCCUUCUUACCCGCUGUGAAAGGAUGAAACAACCUUGGAGGCUCGCUGAGAAGACAGAUCCCGGAGGAAGAGGGUGACAGCAUGUCUCUUAAACUGGGAACAAUAUUGCAAAAGUCACAAGCAGUAAAAAAAAAAAAACACCUGAUUACACAAGCACAUAAACACGUAGAUCAACUUUUGAUCAACAUUUAAUCAUUCCUUGUCAGUGGUGGUUGCUGUCUAGAAGGCAACUAGCGGCUGUGUAUUUUUCAAAGUAAUUCAUAAAGAUGUGUAAAAGUUUUAUGAGGUUUUGAAAAGGAGUCUUAGAAUAUCCACACCAAGUUCUCCCAGCCAUGUUGUUUGGAAAAAAAAAAAAAAAAAAAAAACACAAUUUGUAAGGAAAAUAAAAAGACCACGCAAGAAAUACGCCUAAUUUUUCACCCUUUUCCACAUUUUAUUAUUAUGUACAUUUAAUACAUCAAGGUAAUGUUCAUAGACUUUGUAUUUUGGGAAUUUAGUCUUGUAGCCGAAUCUGUUCUGAAUUUUUUGACAUCGGGACUUUCAAAAUCUUCGGCGCCAGACAUAUUCAACCAUAGUUUAUGCACUGGGUUUGUGCACUGGGAAGAAUUGAGUUGAAAUACCAAAGUUGAAAAUAGUGCGAGAUAAUGAGGAUUUGACAGGUAUCUGUGGCUUUCAAUCAACAUUUAACAAGGAAAAGUUGUGUUCCAACACUUAUCUAUACCAUUCAGUUUGCGUAAUCAAGAACAUCUCUUACAAUAGGAAAAUGC